AAUUUUCACAAUUGUAACACCAAAUUUACCUAAUAUUUAUCUAAUUUACUCGAACUCGCACGCGGCCAAAAUUUAAUCAUUAUGUAUAUGCAACAUCUAUAAGUAAUUUUAUUACGUUAAUUUCAAUAUUCUCGCUUCGGCCUGUGCUUGUUCUGUUUUUACCUUUCCUUUAAAAUGACAACUUUAUUUUUGUGGUUCUCAGGACACUCAGAUUAUUUGUUGAUAGCAGAGAAAGUAGUAAACAAGUCGAUAUGACCAGCACAAAAUUAAAUAUUGCUCAAAAGAAUUCCGAAAUUCUAAAAGAUCAAGCGGUGCUUACAAAGUUGGAAAAGACGAUGACACGAACUAUUGAGCGGAUGAACGUUUCAUUAAAUGAAUUAAAGAUUGAACGGCUGCAACUGCUUAAUAUUCAAGCACAGUUAGAGCCUGAAGAUAAUACCUCAAGCGUAAAGACAAAAGAUAAAGUAAUGCAUAAAACUGACGACGUAUCGAAAGAAUUUUUUCAAGACGGAAAUGAAUCCACUUUUCAGUGCAGUAAUGAAGACAAAUUGGAUUUAGAUAAAUUUUUGACAUUUUGCAUGGAUGAAGUUGAUGAAAAAUAAUUUUGGACUUCAAAAUGUGCAUCGUCGAAGUUGAUGUAAAUAAAAAGACUGUUAAUUUAUCAAUGAAUGUUAAUCAAUGAAUUUUAAAU